AAUCCAUUUGCAUGCUGUGCUCUUUUUUUCCUUUUCUAUUAACAUCAAAGGGAAGAAAUAUUUCAUAAUUUGAAAAUUAAUUUUCUGGACUAAUUCAUCCCUGCUUAAUAUCCUUCAACUUUCCAAUUACCAUUAUAGCAGUGGGUUUAUUGGGAUUAAUCCAUUUCAAAUCGUGUUACGGACCAAUUUCCCAUAUUGCAUUUGGGGCUUUUUCCAUCAGACAGGUGCACAAUCCGAGAUCUUUGACAAUAAGCAAAGCCGAGUGGUUUAUCAGGGAUAAAAAAAUGAUAAGAUCAACGACGCUGUGUCCUGCGGAUUCACUCUCUGGCCUCACAGUUGUUCCACCAAAGCUGGACUUCAUUUAGGCACCAUGGACAGCAACAGCACGCCGCUGAGCUCCGGCACACAUCCUCCAUCCAUCCACACCGAGGUGGUGACUGUUACGUCCACCGUCUUCCCUCGGGUGGGCUACAGUAUACUUUCUUUCCUCAUGUUCAUCAACACAGUGUUCACAGUUUUUAACAAUAGUCUCGUCAUAACCGUGAUGCUGAGGAAUCCGUCUCUCCUCCAGCCUAUGAACGUUUUCAUCCUCAGCCUCGCGGUGUCUGACCUCAUGAUAGGCCUGUGCGGCUCCCUGGUCGUCACCAUCACCAACUACCAUGGCUCUUUCUUUAUCGGCCAUGCAGCCUGCGUGUUUCAAGGAUUUGCAGUCAAUUAUUUUGGUCUGGUGUCUCUCUGCACUCUGACCCUGCUUGCCUAUGAGCGUUACAUCGUGGUGUGUAAGCCGCGAGCUGGUCUAAAGCUGAGCAUGCGGAGGAGCAUCAUUGGGCUGCUUCUUGUCUGGAUCUACUGCUUGUUUUGGGCCGUGGCUCCGUUAUUGGGCUGGAGCUCCUACGGACCUGAGGGAGUCCAGACGUCCUGCUCUCUGGCCUGGGAGGAGAGAUCGUGGAGCAACUACAGCUACCUCAUCCUCUACACACUCCUCUGCUUCAUUGUGCCUGUCAUGGUCAUCAUCUACUGCUACUCCAAAGUGCUCAAAUCCAUGAAUAAGCUGAACCGGAGCGUGGAGCUCCAGGGGGGGCGUUCCAGCCAGAAGGAGAAUGAUCAUGCCAUCAGUAUGGUCCUGUCCAUGAUCAUAGCUUUUUUUGUUUGCUGGCUUCCCUACACGGCGUUGUCAGUGGUGGUAGUUGUGGAUCCAGAGCUCUACAUCCCUCCACUGGUCGCCACCAUGCCCAUGUACUUUGCCAAGACCAGCCCUGUGUAUAACCCCAUCAUCUACUUCCUUUCCAACAAGCAGUUUCGUGAAGCCGCUCUGGAAGUGUUGUCGUGCGGCCGCUACAUUCCCCACGCACCCACUACUGUCAGCAUCAACAUGCGCUCCUUGAACAGUAGGAGCCGGCUGACUUUCUUAAGCACUAACGUCAAGUCGCACAGCAGGGUGUUGCCUCUGUGACCGUC